AUGUCAGUGCGCGCUGUUGAAAUUGUGGACAACACGACUCCUGCGUCUCUCACCUUGGACAUGUUUGAUUUGGACACAAUUCAAAGAGCCGAGGAAUGGCGCGCUUUAGAAAGCGUUCUGUUCAUCGCCGACGCGCGCGUCGCAUGGCGCGGACGCGGCGUUCGCGUGCAAGUGUGCUCCCGCACGAUCAUCACCCACCAGCCGCACACGUCCGACGCAGAGGCGCUGCGCCUGUAUGUGCGCAACCAAGCAGGCGGAGGGGAGGCGGCCGCGUGGGCGGCGUGGAGCGGUGAGCGCGCUUGCGCAGCCUCCGUGGCCCAAAUACGCGACCGCCUCGCUGCCGGAGCCCCCUUCUGCGCCUCUCUCCACGCCCUGUUGACGCACCUCGACCUAGACGACCUUGUUUCGACCAGGGACGGCAAUAUAGAUGAGUUGAGAGUUCGCUUUUCCGAUCACACCGGGGAACUUACUGCACGCCUUCCAGUUAACAUUUUGCAAGAAACACUGGGCUAUACGGCGGAACAAUUCAAGUCGAUGUUGGCGGAGGACCGAGCGGCAAUACGCUGGAGGCUAUUGCUAGAGCAGUGCAGUGCAAAGUUGGCAGUCACACCACCGCGCAUCAUAGUUCUCUCCCUCCGGCGCGCGUCUCCGGCCGACCCUAUUCCGUUAUAU